GCGGUGCAUCAUGGGAUACGAAAUGUGUAAAAAGAUGGCUAGCUGCUGCUAAUACGCCGGUGAUAACUGCAAAUAAAUAUCAAUUUGACAUUUUUCCACAGUAGUGUUUGUGUUAAUAAUUAUAUGACGUCCUAACUGUCGUAACUUGUCGUUAUGUCAACCAGAACGGAACACAGGGUGUCCAGUUCCUCGUCCAGAACAGAUGAAAGAACGAGGUCAAGAAGCAGAGGCAGAGAAAAAAGAAAGCGGAAACGGAGUCGCAGCAGAUCUUCUUCAUCUUCUAGCUCAUCAUCUUCACCCUCCUCUUCCUCUCCCACUUCUUCCAGCUCCUCAGAUUCAUCACAUUCUUCAAGCAGCAGCAGAAGUAGCUCUAGCAGCAGUGACUCUCGCAGUAAAACCAGAAAGCAGUCCAAAAGAAGAAAAAAGGAGAAGCACAAAAAAAAAGGGAAGAAAGAGAAAAAGCAAAAGCGUAAAAGAGACAAGAAGACAAAAGGAGAGGAUGACAAAUCAGGACCGGUUCAGAUCUCGAAGUAUUUAAAAGACAGAAAAAAAGGAAAGUACAGCAUGAUUUCAGGGAAGAAGAUAAAAAUGAAAGUAAAGAAGUCGAAAAAAGACAAACAGCGGGAUAAAAAUCGAGCAGAGCUGCUGGAGUUCUUGAACUCUACCCUGUGAAGCCGCCAUGGUGACCCCUCUUGUUGGUCAUAGACGUCAGCAUCUGCAGAUCUCAGGAAACGGCUCCUCCUGCUUCCCUGGAGCAAACGAGUUUUCUGAAGGAGAGGCGAUGAACUGAAGUGACUUUUUUCCACCACACAGGGGCAGCGUCGAGCUGGAUUCAGUGCAGGUUCACUACCUGCGUUUUCUUUACCUUGAGUCCAGUGUAAGAACUGUUAUGUAGAAAGUUUUGUUUUUGAGCGGAUUACUUGUCAAAGUAAUUAAAGAUCUUUAAUUACUUUGACAAUUUUUAACUAUGCUUUAGGUUGAAACACCAUUUAAACAUAAAAUCUACCAGUUCAGUCUGUACAGUCGAAAUGUCAAGUCAAACACAAACCUGUCUGUCAUUUAAAUGUCUGCAUUGUGUGGAAAUAUCUUUUCUGGGCUUGACACCUUUUUCUGUUCAUAAUUAAAAAAGAAAUAUAAGGUUUUAACUAUAUAUUUUUUAAAAAUAUGUUGUCCAACUCUAUUUAAGGAAAUGAAUCAUUAAGUUUUUGAUGUAAAUUCUGGCUUUAGGAGCCAAAGUGUUUUCAGUUUAUUCUAAAAUAAUAAUUUUUUUGUUUAUUCUUUUUAUUCUGAGGAUGGAACAGUGCAUUGGAUUCAAUUAGGUGUGACCUAUUAAUGCUGAUUAUUUUCCGUAUGUGUCUGUUUUAAAAAUGGUGGUUAAAAAAAAAAAGCUUUUCUUUAUAUGAA